CUCCGCCUUCUCCACCUCCUUCUCGUCCCCGCUGGCCCUGGCGGCGCUCGUAGGCGAGACGGUGAUGACGCCGUCGGGUCAGGCCAACGUCAUCUACCUGGCGGUGAACGAGAGCAGCCCGGGAACCCUGCUGCUGCAGCUGUGUGAGCUGCUGGCCACCACCCCCCUGCAGGGUUUGGUGUUUGAAGAAGAGAGGCCGCCUCCCCCUAACAGCGCCACGCUGGCCCCCAUGCUGGAGUUCGUCUCCGCGCAGACCGGCGUGCCCGUGGUCGCUGUAGGGGGCGGGGCCAGCCUGGGCCGAGAGCCACAGGAGAGCGGCUCCAUCUACCUGCAGUUCAUCUGCUCCACGGCGCUGCAGCUGGAGGUGAUCUUCGAGGUGCUGGAGGAGUACGACUGGACCUCCUUCUCCGUGGUCACCACGCGUCACCACGGCUACGAGGACUUCCUGGCCAUGGUGGAGGGCAUGACGGACGGCUCCUUCAUCGGCUGGGAGAAGAAGAGCGUGGUCAUCCUCAACGUGACCGACGACCCCGGGGGGGCCCGGGUCAAGAGGCUGCUCAAAGACAACGAGGCCCAGGUGCGGCUGCUGUACUGCUCCCUGGAGGAGGCGGAGCUUGUGUUCCGGGCGGCGGUGGGGGCGGGCCAGGCGGGCCCCAGCCACAUGUGGUUCGCGGUGGGCCCGGCGCUGGCCGGUCUGGGCCUGGAGGGUCUGCCCAAGGCCCUGUUCGCCAUCCGGCCCCAAGGCUGGAGGGACGAGCCCCGGAGGCGCAUCGCUAAAGGCGUGUCGGUGCUCACCCACGGGGCGAUGGCGCUGCGGCGGGACAAGGGCGCCGCCAGCCGCUCGCAGUACGCCGGCAACUGCCAGACGGAACGCAACCAGACCACCCGGGUGACGGACCGGAUCAAGUACUUCUCCAACAUCUCCAUCGGCGGGCGCGAUUACUCCUUCAACAGCGACGGCUACCUGUCCAACCCGCUGCUCGACGUCAUCUCCUACACCAAUGCGAGGGGCUGGGAGGAGGUGGGCUGGUGGGAGAAGGGGCACCUGCGCCUGCGGUACCACCCCUGGUCUCGCUACGGCUCCUUCCUGAAGCCGCUGGACGACUCCCAGCACCUCCGGGUGGUCACCUUGGAGGAGCGGCCCUUCGUCAUCGUGGAGCCGGCCGACCCGGGAACCAGCUCCUGCAUCCGGGACUCGGUGCCCUGCCGGAUGCCCGUCAACACCAGCCUGGUGGUGGACGGCGCCGGGCCCAUGAAGCACUGCUGCAAAGGGUUCUGCAUCGACGUCCUCAAGCGGCUGGCAAAGAUCGUGGGCUUCACCUACGACCUCUACCUGGUGACCAACGGGAGGCACGGCAAGAACAUCGACGGGGAGUGGAACGGCAUGGUGGGGGAGGUGGUGUCCAACAGAGCCGACAUGGCCAUCGGUUCCCUCACCAUCAACGAGGAGAGGUCGGAGGUCGUGGAGUUCACCGUCCCCUUCGUGGAGACCGGCAUCAGCGUCAUGGUAUCCCGCAGCAACGGCACGGUGUCGCCCUCCGCCUUCCUCGAGCCCUACAGCCCGGCCGUGUGGGUCAUGAUGUUCGUGAUGUGUCUCUCAGUCGUCGCCGUCACCGUCUUCAUCUUCGAGUUCUUCAGCCCCGUCGGGUACAACCGCAGCCUGCAGAGCGCCAAGAAGUCCGGCGGCUCCAAGUUCACCAUCGGUAAGUCGGUGUGGCUGCUCUGGGCGCUGGUGUUCAACAACUCGGUCCCCGUGGAGAACCCCAGAGGAACCACCAGCAAGAUCAUGGUGCUGGUGUGGGCUUUCUUCGCCGUCAUCUUCCUGGCCUCCUACACCGCCAACCUGGCUGCCUUCAUGAUCCAGGAGGAGUACAUCGACACAGUGUCGGGGCUGUCGGAUAAGAAGUUCCAGAAGCCGACUGAGCAGUACCCGCCGCUGCGUUUCGGAACGGUGCCGAACGGCAGUACGGAGGAGAACAUCCGCUCCAACUACCCCAACAUGCACCAGUACAUGAUCCGGAACAACCAGAAGGGGGUGGAGGAGGCCAUCGAGAACCUCAAGUCUGGGAAGCUGGACGCCUUCAUCUACGACGCCGCGGUGCUGAACUACAUGGCGAGGAAGGACGAGGGCUGCAAGGUGAUGACCAUCGGCUCGGGGAAGGUCUUCGCCACCACGGGUUACGGCAUCGCCCUCAACAAGAACUCACGCUGGAAACGACCUCUGGACCUCGCGCUGCUGCAGCUGGUCGGAGACGACGAGAUUGACAUGCUGGAGCGUCUCUGGCUGUCGGGGAUCUGCCACAACGAUAAGCUCGAGGUGAUGAGCAGCAAGCUGGACAUCGACAACAUGGCGGGGGUCUUCUACAUGCUGCUGGUGGCCAUGGGCCUCAGCCUGCUGGUGUUCGCCUGGGAGCAUCUGGUGUACUGGAAGUUGCGGCACUGCGUGAAGCGCUCCAGCGGGAUGGACUUCCUCCUGGCGCUCAGCAGGGGGAUUUACAGUUGCUGCCAGUUUGAGGAUGAAACGGCGCCGGGAGGCAGCUCUUUGCCCCAGUACCACACCAUGACCUCCAUGUCCACCGCAGCCCAGCAACACCUCGUCACAGCCACGAUAAAUAACACCACCGCCAUGGCCAUGGUCCAGCAGCAGCAGAAGCACCAACAACCGCAACAGGGGCCGACCUAUACCUCUAUGUUACCCGGGUCGCCGCCAACGACGGGACAUUCGGCAAUGGCUCUAGGACCCUCAAACAGCCCCUUGCUCGAAGGCCCCAUGACCUGCUCCACCUUCUUGCCUCGCCAUGACCGCAGGCUCACUGUGGUCGAUCGCUGGAACAGGGCAAAGCCAGAGAAGGUCCUGAGCGGAGGAAGUGGUGGAGGGGUGGGUGUCGGGGGGAUAGCCGGAGGGAUCACUGAACUCCAGGCCCCGCAGUAUCAGCUGAAUCUUGGACAGCACUGGAACCUUGCAGGCGGCGCAGGGGGUGGAGGUGACACAGGGCUAGAUGAAUAUAAGCGCUACUAUGGUCCUAUAGAUCCAGAAGGGCUUGGAGCUAACUCUGAACAACAGGUAGCUGGCCCCCAGCAGACUCCCAAAGCUCAUCCAAGAGGGCCCAAAGCCACAGGGAUGUCACGGCUGCCUGUUAAAGGUCCCCAACAAGGCCCUCUACAAGGUCCCCAACAAGGCCCCCAACAAGGCCCCCAACAAGGCCCCCAACAAGGGCACUUGAUCCCACCUCCACUGCUCCCCUCUUCCCCACGAAGGCCUGCUUUCUGGAGACGAGGAAGCCUAGCUCAGGCGAGUGGGAAAGGCUCAGGAGGUCCUCUGUAUGAGAAUAUCCUCCCUCUGGGCAGACGAGGAGGUGGGAGGUAUGGAGCAAGCGACGGAGGUGGAAGGAGAGGGCGACGCCCUCCAGCACCUCUGCCUGUCCCACUCUCCCCUACCCACACUCCUACCACUCCCUCUUCUCCAUGCCGUUUCUACUCCUCCUGCUCCAGUGCCUUGUCCUCUUCCUCUUCAUCAUCUUCCUCUUCCUCAUCCUCCGUCUCACUGUCUCGUUCGAAUUCCCCCUCUUCUUGCUCCGGCGACAGCUCCUUCAACUCUUCGUUGAGCUUCCGUUAUCGAGCGGGCGACCGGGAUUUAACGGUUGAAGACGAUAACGAUUCAGAUCUGCUCACAGAGGAGUCCAGCCUCCUCUUGGGAACACGGAGGAAGCUUCGUUCCCGCCGCAUGUCGUCGCGCUCUCUGCCGUGCAGCCCGCCGCCUCCGCCGGUCCCGCCUCGGAAGCCACGCCAUCAGAGGGAUCACGGCAGAGAGAGAACCGGAAGCCAGCUGGCGCAACUACAGGAGUGGUGGGCGUCGUGGGGAGAGCGAGAGCGAGGGCGUGGAGGAGCAACGAGUCGAGCCGACGGAGGAGGUGGCGGUAGAGAGGACAAGAGACUCCACAAAGAGAGGGAACGUGAGAGGAAGAGGAGGAAGAAAGGCAGGAAGAAGAAGAAGAGGGAGGACAGGGAAAGAGAAAGGGAGCGAAAACGCCGCAAAGCAAAGAAGAGGAAGAAAGAGGAUAAGAGCCGGAAGAGAGAGCAAAGAGGUCCGAGCAGGAGGGAGGAGAUGCUGAAAAAAGAGAGGACCUCAAAUCAGGGACGCCAGAUUACCCAUCGUACCCGGCCCUGAGGCGA